GUAGAGGACGGGCGUCAUCGCCGCCAGCUCCGUCCGCCUGGCUCCCCCUCAGCGCUGACUCGACCCGGCGGGCGAGAGCGGUCGUGGGUGGCCGCGCCUUUCGCCAGGGACGAAGCGGUGCUUCGGAGGAUGGCACCUGGACGUGCCUGGUGCGGGUGGGAAGAUUGGAUAUUCCCCUGAAAAGGCUACAAGUUUGAUCUCAAAUCCUGCGCAUCUAAGAUCUUGAGAAUUAGCAAGCAGCAAGGAUCAUUUGUGGCGUAUUGAAGCUGAUAAUUUGCACAGAGAAAUUUAGGUUGGAAGGGACCUCUGGGGGUCAUCUGGUCCAACCUGCUGCUCAAAGCAUGCUCAACUAGAUCAGGUAUAUACUUAUUGAGGUGCAAGAUGUCUGCCCUGAGGUUGAUUUCUAACAGAACCUCCCAGCAGGCCUUGUCUAACUCUGAUUAUACCUGGGACUAUGAGUACUAUGAGUAUGGACCAGUGUCGUUUGAAGGCCUGAAGGCUCAUAAAUAUUCCAUUGUGAUUGGAUUUUGGGUUGGUCUUGCAGUUUUUGUUAUCUUCAUGUUUUUUGUCCUGACCCUGCUGACAAAGACAGGAGCACCACAUCAAGACAAUGCAGAACCUUCUGGAAAGAGAUUUCGCAUGAAUAGCUUUGUGGCAGAUUUUGGAAGGCCUCUGGAGUCGGAGAGGGUCUUUUCUCGCCAAAUAGCUGAAGAAUCACAGUCACUUUUCCAUUUCUGUAUUAAUGAAGUGGAACAUUUGGACAAAGCAAAACAAAAUCAGAAAGGUCCAGGUCUGGAGAGUAAUACCCACUUCCAGGAAGCUCCCAAGAGCAGCGGUAUGUUUGAGGAAGACCUACACUGUCUUACAAAAUUUAACAUUCCUAACUUUGUGAAUGCUGAGCAGAACUCUUCGCUAGGUGAGGAUGAUCUCCUCAUCUCAGAGGCACCAAUCAUUUCAGACAGCAGAUCAGUCAUGCAAUCAUCCCAUCGGAUCCUUGACUAAAAAGCCUUUUACUUUAAGUCUGAACCUUCCUGUGCUUUUUGGCUCCAUCAAUGGCCCUUUUCUUGACCAGUGGGCCAGCAAAGGGCUAGCAGGUGUGAAGCUGUGGGGAGGACUACCUCCAAAAGCAUGGCUGAGCUGCACUUGCUGUGUCCUUUUUUUGUACUCGGGAUGGUGUUGCAACCACAGCUGCUCUCCCAGGGAAAGGUUUGUUGAAUAGGUGUAAUUUCAACCUUUAUUCUUUUAGAGAAGUAAUAUCGUUCUGAACCUUAGCCAGAACUUACAUUACAUUUAGCUUUCUUAAAAAAAAUUGUAAUUAAUGGUCAAAUGAUUUUAGAGCAAGCACAUAGGAUGCUGAGGAAACAGGUUUAAAUCCUUUGCUGGGUUUGGAGUAAGAGUGCUCUGCAGGCAGUUAUUAACCGAAAGGAAACCAGUGGAUCCAAGAUAUCAUGCAUAACUGGGUUUUCUUGAAACUAACUUGCUUUGCAUGGAACAUGUUUGAGUGAAAAUGUAGGAAUUGCCUGCUGGUAUGUUCUUUAGCCACUUCAAUGCUUAAAUUCUUUAAGCAUUCAUUUCAUAAAAUUAUUUCAUUCUUCCUUCACCUGACAAAGAGAAUAAAUAAUGAAUGGCUUGUACAUUUAAAGAAUGCAGACUGGGGAAACUUCUUUUGUUUUUUAACUCCUGUGCCCUUAUAAACCACUUACACCUAAAUUUCCUGCUUUCAAAUAUAAUUCUUGCACUACUUCCUAGUGUUUAAAGAAUGGGUUUAUACUUAAAGCAAAGCAGAGGCUGUUUAAAACAAGCAGACUAUUGUUGAAAGUAGUUCCUAAAAGGAGACUGAAGUGAACCCUGUUAUGAAUGAGUAUAGCUGCAUGGUUGCAAUGUAGAUCUUGAGGUGCAAAAAGGCCUCCCUUUACAGUAAGUACUCAACCACAAGUAUGAAGGCUGUAGCUGUAUAAGUUCCUUUUUCUCUUCCCAAAUUAAGAAAUUGUUUGCUGUUCCCAGUCAGUUAACCUGACAUUUUCAUCUGGUACCUUAAAUCUUUGUGGCUUUUGUUUGGGUGCAUAACUGCAACUUUGGGAGAAAGGAGAAAUAUUCAUGUGAAUGGAUGCUGGUGACAGUUAGCACCCAAAUGAAAGGCACUUAUAAAAAUGAUCAAGGGAUAAGGCCAACUUCACUUAUACCACAUUUGAAUUGUGUUCUUAGUGUUGUCACUGAAUUCCAGGAAAUAACUUCUCUAAACAGAAUGACAGGUCAGAAAGCCAACGUUACUUUGUUGUGACACUGGGUAUGUGGGGGAUCACUCUCCCUACUACGUACCCC